AUGUCAUCGUUAACUAAACUGUUACAAGAAAAAAGAAAUCAGGAACCUUCGUCAAAGUCCGCUCUAACGAGUUCUUUGAAAGGUUCCUUGGCAGAAUCAAGAAACUCCAAUUCACAGUCUCAUGCUGGACAUCCAAACGGAACCGUGGUAUCCAGCCCGAUGGAAAUAAGGGAUGGUGCUGGUGGUAGUGAUACAACCGUAACACAGGUUGAUUCAAAUGACGAUGGAUCUCUGGAAGCGUCAUAUGAGUUUUCUCAAUCUUUUGUCAAUGCUAAUUCAGCUCAUACUGCAACCAUGUACGGCUCUUCGGUGCCAAACAGAUCUCGCUCGGGCUCCAUCCUUAUUUCAAGCGGGAAAUUCCCACAAGAUACCAACGGAAGAGGUGUACCAGGAAGACUUGGUACAAGUAUUGGGAGACACACCACUUCGACAAGUGUCAUUUCGAACAAUUUACCAUCGCUUUCAUCUAGUAUACCAUACUCGGCACCAAAUUCCAAUACAACAAACGACUCAACUGUUAAUAGUGCCGAAUCCUCUGCAUCUUCCUCGUGGCUGGAUAAGCAUGGGUCGUUGCCCAGUAAUAUAGCUGCCAUCGACUCAAACGUGAUCUCUUCGCCAAAAGUUGAAUCUGUGGAGCCCAGAUUUGUCAUUUCAAAACAGAAACUACAACAGAAAUCAAAUAUGAAUCAUGACACCGGUAAGCCAGUGUCAAGAUCGAGUUCGUUAUCCUCACAGCUAGGAAGUUUUUUCUUUUCGAAAAACAAGGAUAAUGAACCGAGUUUAGUAGCCUCUUCGUAUGGCGCUGGCGUCUCUCAGACCAAUAACUACUACAACAACUCCAACUCCAAUAGUAACACGAAUUCCAACAAUAACAACAACAGCAGUGCAAUCCCUUCCUCCUCGACGAGCCAUGGUUCAUCCAUUCCAAAACCCAUUAGGGCUAGAGCAUCGUCCAUUUACAAUUCAUCAAGACAACCUACUGCCUCAUAUAAUGAGCAUGUUUUGGGGUCUCCGCAAUCAUUGCAUGAAAACCUCUCUCAGAAUCAAUAUACUCCAAAAUCUCGUCACAGCUCCGUUGCUGAUUUGAAGAGAUUCUUUAAAAAACACGGUAACUCCUCCGCUUCAUACAGUGAGUCUCCACCAAUCAGUGCUAACUUUUCAAAUGCAAGCGGUGCAAGUGCAGGAUUUGCGCCUGGAUCAUUGGGAUCCAAUGACGUUGUGUACGCUGCUUCGCAUGUACCUGCAUUACCAUUCAGUAAACGUUACCUUAAAACUGGGGAAAAUUUGGGUGCCGGUGCCGGUGGUUCCGUUAGAUUAAUGAAAAGGAUCAGUGAUAACCAAGUCUUUGCUGUAAAAGAAUUCAGACCAAAGUUUGAACACGAAAGUAAGCGUGAUUAUGUGAAGAAAAUUACUUCUGAAUACUGUAUUGGUACAACUUUACGUCAUCCAAACAUCAUAUCCACUAUUGAAAUUGUUUACGAAAACAACAGGAUCUUCCAAGUCAUGGAGUAUUGUGAUUAUGACCUUUUCGCCAUCGUCAUGAGUAAUAAGAUGUCGUAUGAAGAAAUCUGUUGUUGUUUCAAGCAAAUCUUGACCGGUGUAGAAUAUUUACACAGUAUUGGUCUGGCGCAUCGUGAUAUGAAGUUGGACAACUGUGUAAUAAACAACCAGGGUAUAGUGAAGUUGAUUGACUUCGGUGCUGCAGAAGUCUUCUCCUACCCCCACUCAAAAACUUUAAUCGAGUCAAGUGGCAUUGUUGGAAGUGAUCCAUAUUUGGCUCCCGAAGUUUGUAUAUUUACCAAGUAUGACCCAAGACCUGUUGAUAUAUGGUCCGUUGCCAUUUUGUUUGCAUGUAUGGUAUUAAAGAAAUUCCCAUGGAAGAUACCUAAGUUAAAGGAUAAUUCCUUCAAAUUCUUCUGUUCGGGAAGAGACUGCGAUUCCUUGAGUGCUUUAGUCACAAAAACACCUAAACCGCCAAGUUAUGACAAUGCCGUCCAAUCUGAUGAGCCAGCUGAGAGCACAUCUAAAUCGAACAACCCAUCUGAUCCAAACAACACGAAUAUUGGUCCUCAAAGACUACUUCAUUCCUUACCGGAAGAGACCCACCACAUUAUCGGUAGGAUGGUAGACUUGGCUCCUGCUUGUAGAGCCAAUAUUGAAGAAGUAUUAAAUGACCCUUGGAUUCAAUCCAUUGACAUGUGCACCGUUGAAGUAGACAACCAAGGUAACUACGUCGUGCACCCUGGAAUGGACCACAAACAUACCCAAGUUGAUCAAAGCGAAGCCCACAUUGCUGGUCUUGAAAAGAAAAAAAAGGCAAAAUAA